CGCCUUGAGGUCUCUAUGGCGAACCAGGAGCCCAUUCGCCCCUCGCAUGCUCUGUUCGACCUCUUCGUCACGGCUGAAUCCUGCAGGGAUGUGCAGAAGCACUUUUCGGCGCUGUGCGAGCAGCUGCAAGUGGAUCCCAAGGACUUCAGGGUCUUUUACUCCAAGCUGAAGGAAAGGCUGAACUACUGGAAGGCCAAAGACCUGUGGGUGAAGAUAGAUAAGAGGGCGUCAGACAAGGACUACCAGCAGAGGAAGGCCUGUGCCGAAAACAAGUGUCUGGUGCUGGGGGCCGGACCAUGUGGGCUGAGGGCCGCCGUGGAGCUGGCCCUGCUAGGGGCCCAGGUGCUGGUGGUGGAGAAGAGGGCGUCCUUCUCCAGGAACAACGUGCUGCACCUGUGGCCCUACACCGUCUGCGACCUUCGAGGGCUCGGAGCCAAGAAGCUAUACGGUCGAUUCUGCACCGGGACCCUGGACCACAUCAGUAUUCGCCAGCUGCAGCUCAUCCUGCUGAAGGUGGCUUUGGUCCUGGGGGUGGAGGUGUUGACUGCGGUGGAGUUCCAGGGUUUGGAGGAGCCCUCCGGGGACAAAGGUUGGACUGCAAAACUGCAUCCUAAUCCCCAUCCUACGCUGGCCUUUGAAUUUGAUGUCUUUAUUUCUGCUGGAGGGGGGAGCUUUAUCCCUGAUGGCUUCAAGCACAAGGAGCUCAGGGCAACGCUAGCGAUCGGCAUCACGGCCAACUUCACCAACAGACACACUGUGGCCGAGGCCCAUGUGGAAGAGAUCGCCGGAGUGGCCGGCAUCUACAACCAGAAGUUCUUCCAUGAUCUGCUCACUCAAACAGGUAUUGAUUUAGAAAACAUUGUUUACUAUAAGGACGAAACCCACUAUUUUGUGAUGACUGCCAAGAAGAAGAGUCUGUUGAAGAAGGGCGUCAUUAAGCAGGACUACAGCGACGCUGAGCAGCUGCUGGCCCGGGAGAACGUGGACCAUGACGCCCUAUGGCGCUACGCCUACGAGGCGGCCAACUUCUCCACCAACCGCCAGCUGCCCGAACUGGAGUUCGCCACCAACCCCGCGGGGCGGCGCGACGUGGCCAUGUUCGACUUCACCUGCAUGCACCGCGCCGAGCACGCCUCGCUGGUGCGGGAGCGCCGCGGCAAGAAGCUGCUCAUGGGCCUGGUCGGGGACAGCCUGGUGGAGCCCUUCUGGCCCCAGGGAACGGGUAUUGCCCGGGGUUUCUUGGCUGCCUUUGACACUGCGUGGAUGGUGAGAAGCUGGGGCCUGGGAGUCCCCUACCUCCAAGUACUGGCUGAGCGAGAGAGUAUCUACCAGCUCCUGUCCCAGACCAACGCGGGGAACACCAAAAAUGACUGCACGUCCUACAGCAUCAGACCCUCGACGCGUUACCCGCACGUCAACCUGUCCGCCAUAAAGGUGCACCAGGUACAGCACCUGUUCCACGACAACGACAUCCCUCCGAGCAAGGAGAACAUAGGCGCUCACCUACGACAAGAUUCGGCGGGUGGUGUGGAGGAUCUGUUGAGGUGGUGUCAGAAGAACACGGCGGGCUACGCCGGAGUAGAAGUGAAGGACUUCACCCUGUCGUGGACCUCGGGCCUAGCUCUGUGCGCCCUGAUCCACCACUUCAGACCCCAGCUCAUUGACAUGUCGUCUCUGAAUGAGUCCGAUGCGGUUCACAACCACCAACUGGCCAUGGAUCUUCUGGAGCGGGAGCUGAGCAUCUCCCCGGUGGUGGCCGCCAGCGCCAUGGCCAGCAGUGGCCUGAUAGACAAGCUGUCCAUGGUGCUGUACCUCACCCAGGUCCAUGACGUCCUCACAAAGAACAAAAAAGAGCCUGCAGACGUCCUGGACCUGCCCAAGCCCCUGACUCUGUCGCGAUUGCUGUCUGCCGUCUACUUCCUGAGCAAGCUGAAGCACAACUCGCUGCAGAGACGCAAGACAGAUUCGCCUUCCUGUGUUGUCCAGGCCAGAGAUGGGACAAAGUCACUGUUUUGCAAGUCCCAACCUGCAGCCCCCCCUGUUGCCCCGGAGGGGAACCUGGGCUCCGUUGUGAAGGGGGACAUCGAGACGAACGCGGCCCCGGCGCUGGGCAGCAGCAGCGAGGACUGCUACAGCUGUGGCCAGCGGCUGUACCUCCUGGCCCGCGUCAACGCCAUGGGGAAGUUCUUCCACCGCGACUGCUUCACCUGCCACAAAUGUGGACACCAGCUGAGGCUGGGCGGCUACACCUUCCACCAGACCACAGGGACCUUCUACUGCGAGCUGCACUCCGAACACCUGGGCCCCGAGAACGGAUUCGAGGACUCCUCUGAUGAGGCGUGUGCAGGAGGAGACGGUCCAACGGAUGAAGAGAACAGCACUUAUAGUGAUGAAGACGUUCCCUCGCUCUCAGACGAGGAUCACCCCCAGCUCAGCGUCCUCACCCCCCACCCGGGGAGAGUGGAGACAACUUUCAGACAUGGCCACAGCACUUCAGAAGAUGGGGAUGAUCAAGAGGAGGACGAUGAUGACGACGAUGAAGAAGACAUGAUGUCUGGGAGUUACGACUUCGAAUUCCCUGAUGAGAAGCCCUCUGAACCCGUCGAAACAGAGAAGUUGGACGAUGAUGACGACGAUGAAAAAGACAUGAUGUCUGGGAGUUACGACUUCGAAUUCCCUGACGAGAAACCCUCUGAACCCGUCGAAACAGAGAAGUUGGACGAUGAUGACGACGAUGAAGAAGACAUGAUGUCUGGGAGUUACGACUUCGAAUUCCCUGACGAGAAGCCCUCUGACCCAGUCAAAGCAGAGAGGUUGGAAGUGAGGAAGAAGAGGACCCUGGAGCGAAGAGCCAAGAUGGCUGAACUACAGCGCUUCCUUAAUGCCCAGUCCAUCCAGAGGAGGCUGGAGGAGAUCGAGGUGACCUUCAAAGAGCUGGAGGAAAAAGGCGAGGUGCUGGAAAGAGCUCUGAGAGGGGAGCCAGGAAGUGGAGGUUCUCCUGAGAUGAUCGAGCAGUGGAUACAGCUGGUCCGCGAGAAAAACGCAGUGGAUUCUGAGGAGUCCGACCUCAUGGUGGCGUCUCGACAGCUGGAGCUUGAAGACCAACAGGGCAUACUGGAACUGGAGCUCAGGAAGUACAAGGAACUAAGCGACUCUGAGAAGACGGCGGAGCAGCAGGCGGAGGAGGAGCGCAUCCUGCAGCAGAGGAUGGAGGUGGUGGACAUGAGGGACUCCCUGGUGGCCUUCCUGGACGAGAAGCGUCUGAAGGAGAUGAGCGAGGAGCAGGAAGCCUUCACCCUCAGGGAGGCCAAGAGACACUCCAAGGCGGGGGCUCAGGUGCACUGGGAGUAAAGGGGCUGGGGGGGAAGCACCAAAAUAGAGAGAGGGAGACACUCACACACACACACGUACACACGUACACACACACACACACACACACACGCGUACACACACACACACACACACACACACACACACACACACACACACACACACACACACACACACACAUUUGGGAAAGGGAGGGGUCCUCUUGCCAGUGACGUGAUUACAAGCUUCUACAAAAAAAGAUGCCAAAGAUGGUCCUCACAGGGGGGGAGGGUAGAGAGUGGAUGGAGAGAUUCCCCCCCCCCCCCCCCAAACCAGGUUGUGGCGUGUGCACACCCAGAUCCCCAGGGAUUUGGCCCUUUGAGAAGCAUCAACGUUCUGUAGGACUGAAAUAAAUAAGGAAAUGAAAAGAUGCCAGGAUAUUUGUAUAUAAAGUGAAUGCCAUAGAGAUCCUCAUGUUGGAAGUGUCAGAGCCUGUGUGGUUUUGGAUAAGAAUGCGAUGAAAAAUAAUCGCAUCUGAUGUAUUACUGCGAGAAUCAGUGCUUCUAAACGCUGGGGCGUGUUAAACACAAAAACUACUAUUGUUCUUUUUCUAUACUACAUAGAAGUCCUUCUAGCGGUGGCCUGGUCUUAAACAAUAUAUAUUAUGUUCUAAAUAUAUAUAACAGAUGAUGUGACAAAGCGUUUAAUUCAGAUACUUUUUUAUAUCUUCAUCGUCAUUGAUGUAGCGGUUCCACUUUCUUUGCUUUUUCAGAUGCAUGUUUCUAGCUGCUCUCAGGGCUUCAGUUCUCCUGAUCUAGUCUUAGGUUUCUUUCACUGAUGGCCUUUAACUGUUAGGCGGCUCUUAAGGCUGAGCUAACCCUAGGAAACACAGUGGUUUACAGAGGAGAAAGGGGAAGCCAUUUUAUUUCAGCGAUUGACUAUGAGGCUUCAUUUGCAGACCAGAACCUUGUUGUUGUUUCUGGUGCACAAAAAAUAUUUUCAAGCUAAGGAGAAAGACCAUGUCAUGUUCUUGAAAAGCCUUAAAUAUUCAUUCUGUCAAAAAUCACUUCACAACUAUAUAAAAAUAAAGAUCAUGCACUUU